AUGGCUUCACCAAAAACAUCAACUACGCGUCGCGUCUUGGGGGAUAUCAAUAUCAAUAUCAAUACAUCCGCCCUCGAAAUCCAUUAUGCGUCCUCUAUGGCCAAGAUACAGCAGGCCUCAUACGACAUUGAAUCAACUAGAACUACCCUUAACUUGUCAGAGGUGGUGGGAAAUUCGACAACAGAAAUUCGGCGGGAGAAUCGUGAGGCGACCGAUACAGAUUUACAGGUUGGUGGAUGUCUUGAAGAGGGGAAAUUGGAAGAAAGGAUAUCGUCUCAGAACAUGGAAAAAGAAUCCGGAGAUACCAGAACCACCACCUCAGUACAUCUGUCGAAUGCUGAACCGAAUCGACUGGCUGGUAAAAAGAGAUAUCUACUUGCUAAUGUUGACGUUGCUGAAGUAUCAGAGGCUGAAGCUCGACGAGAAACUGGCAAGAAGGCAAAAACAGAAACGCAUCAAGCAUCCAUCAAGUCGUCGCUGCAAGUUGCCAUAUCUGUCACCUCUCCGAGACAGAAUCUAUUUCCAUGCAAUAAAGCAAUUCAAGACGAAACGGGAUGGAAAGAGGGUUGCCCAAGAGUAUAUGGCGAUGUUUAUGGGAAUGAAAAUACACCCAGGACCUCUCAUAAAGUUCUUCGGCGCGCCUCCCAAAUAAAAUCCUCCUCCUCCGUCACCGCAUCUCCAUCUUCCUCCUUCCCCUCCACAGGAGACGCAGAAGAUACCGCUAUCACCACCGAUAAUUCCCAAGUAACUGAAACAAGCACACCCGACGAUUCAGUUUUCACAUCCACCAAUGUCAUCACCCCGAAAAGCUUUCGUACCUCGACUUUUGAACCUCUAUCCCGAGAUGAAAUUCGUCAGCAAUCUCAGGCACUACGACUUCGUCUUUCCCUUGCAAAUUACAAAGUAAAAACAAACCAAAUCGACCUUCCUCUUUCACGUCUAGAAAUCCGCUCUACGACCCCGAAACUUCUUUCUUCGGCACCUCUUCGCACAAACCCUUCUGUGGGUAUCAGUAUAAGCAGCAGGACACCGCUUCCUGGUGCUCCGAUCAUGAAAGCUUGUACAAGAGCAUUGGUUCCGGCUAUUAAUAUACAGCGUCCGAGUCCUUCAAGUAGGAACGGACGUGCUUUUGUUCGAGAUGAGAGGGAAAAGGAUAGGGGUAAGAAUGUAGAUAUUCCUUCCAGUCCUCCGAUAUCCGGAAGAGACUCAUUGUCGAGAAGAGAUUCGGCCAUUUCUUGUACUUCUUUAGGCUCAAAUUCCGGUUCGGGUUCUGCAUCGGGUCAUGCACAUCCGAUGACUACCAAUAUCAAUACCAAUACCAAGGAGAAAACAAGGGAUACGGAAAUUAACAUGGAAAAAGAAGUGGCGCGGAGAAGGCAAGAAGUGAUGAGGGGGAAGGGAAAAGAAAAUGUGUUGUCCGAGCACAAAAAACCGAUGUCGGAAAGUCAGAAAUUGGGAUUGGCUAAUCCACCGUUGAUGUUUGCGCAGUCGGAAAUGGAAAUGGAGAGUAAUGAGAGGGGAAGAAGUCCAGAAUUAUCGAGGAAAGCUGCGGAUGGGUUGCUUAGGUUGAGUCUAUUGAGGUAG